AAGUGGGCGGGACCCGCGUCUGCUGCGGCGCUCUGGAGAGCCAGAGACUCAGUCAGGCGCUGAAGUGGCACUUUAUCAGUAGUGUCAGUGCGGGCAGCAUCUCUCCUCAACCCGGCUACAUUAACCGCAGCACACAGCAGAUCCCCCGGAUCGGGACGGGAGGUUGAGUUUUGCUCCAUCCUGCGGAGUCCAUCCAUGCGAUCCGAGCCCGCGUGAAAGCGCACGAUCCACCUGGAUACGCCAGCAUCAGCACCACUGUUAGGAGAACGCGGACGCGAGAAUAUGAUGCUCCAUCAGCGCUUGCUUUUCAUUCUCUGCAGCUUCUGUGGGAUUGUCAUUAAAGAGGCCGCAACGAAAAACAAAGUGAAAGGCAGCCAAGCUCAGUUUCCCAUAACCCAGAAUGUCACGGUGGUGGAGGGCAGCACGGCCAACAUGACCUGCCGAGUGGAUUAUAAUGAUAACACCUCCCUCCAGUGGUCAAACCCAGCACAACAGACCCUCUUCUUCGGGAACAAGAAAGCAUUAAGAGACAACCGGAUUGAACUGGUUCAAGCCUCUUGGAAGGAGCUGACCAUCAGUAUCAACGACGUCACGCUAUCAGAUGAAGGUCAAUACACAUGCUCGCUCUUCACCAUGCCUGUCAAAACUUCCAAGGCCUACCUCACAGUGCUAGGUGUCCCAGCAAAACCAGAAAUCACAGGCCUAUCGAGACCAGCAGCUGAGGGAGAGGACGUCACACUGACAUGCACCACAUCUGGCAGCAAGCCUGCAGCUGACAUCCGAUGGUUCAGAAACGACAGGGAGGUGCAAGGUCAGAAGGAAGUCAACGCAACUGGCAGGUCAUUCACGGUCAGAAGUUCUGUACAUCUCAAGGUGGACAGGAAAGAUGAUGGAGCCGCCUACACCUGCGUGGUGGACCACAUAGCUUUGGGCUCCAUGCCUUACCAGGUCACAGAGGUGCUGGAGGUUCACUAUGCUCCUCAAGUAGAAAUUGUGCACUCAGUAAUAGUACCACAGGAAGGACAGUACUUCAAACUGGAGUGUGUGUCCAAGGGCAAUCCACUGCCAGAGCCGGUGUUGUGGACAAAAGAUGGCGGAGAGCUUCCUGAUGUUGAACGAAUGAUCGUGGAGGGCAGAGAUCUCAUCAUCACAACGUUAAACAAAACAGACAACGGCACGUAUCGCUGUGAGGCCAGUAACCACCUCGGGACUAACAGCGAUGAAUUUAUCCUGUAUGUGUACGAUCCCAACGCCCUUGCCCAGCACGGCCCCGACCACGCGCUGAUCGGCGGAGUGGUGGCCGUCGUGGUCUUCAUCACCCUGUGCUUCAUCAUCGUCCUGGGCCGAUAUCUGGCCAGGCACAAAGGGACAUACUUAACCAAUGAGGCCAAAGGAGCAGAGGACGCCCCUGACGCAGACACGGCCAUCAUCAAUGCGGAGGGGAACCACGCACAUGCAGAGGAAAAGAAAGAGUACUUUAUUUAGCACCUCUGUCUUUAUCUGUUUAAUAUUUUCACGACAACGACGCCAGCCAGCCAGCCGAGAAGGCGUUAGAGCAUCAGUCUGGUCUGGCUUUCUGUCUCCAUGACUCGUAUAGGGGGUGUUUUGAAACCUCUUUAAGGCCCAAUUCGACAUGGCACGUGCUGCGAAGGAUUUUUUGCAUUUUUUUAUAGCAAAUAAAAAACCUGUUGAGUUUGUAACUGUAACACCAGGUCCAUUUAGGCCAAAAAAUUAAGAAAUAAAUACCGAUCCCAAUCAUUCCAAAAUCCCCCUUUAUAAGUGCCAAAAUAUACAGACAUCUGUUUGUCGUGUUUGUUGCUGUGUUUAUUCAACUUUAUUUCCCAGUGAAUAUAUGAUUUCUCUACCACCCUCACUGUGCCUGUUAUAUACCUUUUUACAGAUAUUACCAGGGAGCGGCAAGAAAUGUGGUUCAUCUCAAGUCGGAAAACCUUGGCUUUGCCAAUAAUUACGCUUUAAGACAAGAAUACGUGAGAUGUAUAAUGUAAAUAUCCUGUUUUGUCUAUUCUUUGUGUGUGUGUGUGUGUGUGUGUCGUUUUUCAUUGUAAAAAUGGGUGUUUUUUUGAAGUACGCCCUGUAAUGAAGAAUGUGUCGAAAUGCAAAGAGAUACAAGCAAUUAUGUAAUAUAUGGACACCAUAAACAAACCGAUGGAUGAAAAGUAAUGAAGCACAAUUUGGUGUGUUGCCAUUAGAAACAAGAUUAUUUUCUAUUUCCAUCAUUACCCGUCUGUAUAUUCUUGCACUGUUGAUAUUUGCCCCCGAGGUUUUAUUUCAAAACAGAAAACGUAUCAAACAUAAGCACAAAGUCAUUGCAAGACGUCACUGGUUUAGGCCGUCUCAGGAUGAAAAAAAGAGCAUAAUUAAAUUAGUCAUUUGUUCAUUCAUUUGUUUGACGUUUGUAUGGAAGCAUCGUUUCGAUUAGAGAAAAGAAACUUUUGGGAUUUCUUUCACUGACGAUCCUUGUUAAUAUUGCUGUAUAUUACUUUGCUAAAGUGAUUAUUGGUGGAAUAUUGCUAAACUAUAGGAUCCCUAUAUAUAUAUAUAAAUACAUAUAAAAAAUUUACAAACUAUCUAUUUCAAGUGUCCCAUAGUUUUACAUUUACCUAAGAAGUUUGUUUGGUCUCCCAACACAGGGAAUGUAAAUAUUGUGUAUAUUUCUGCAUUUAGUAAUCUUUUUAUUUCAUUGAACUUUAAAUCCAUUUUUUUCUGCUAUAUUUGUGUGUGAUUUUAUUUUAGCCUCUUGAUACAAAGUAUGUCCAAUAUUUAUCAUUAAUAUUAAUUUAUUUAUUAAUGUGAUGAACAAUACAAUUAUUAUUAUUAUUGUUUUUUUUUAUAUAAAGUUGUGAACAGAUUUGUUCAUGAAAAGGUCAGACAAAUAUCACCAUUAUUGCCUUUGUGUUUGCAACAAAACAUAUGACAUCUGGUUAAGCAUAACCUUGUACAUUUUUACAAAACAUGAUUCCAGUGUUCAUAUUUUAUUUCACUCCUUAUAACAUCAGAUAGGUCUUAGGCGUUUUUUUUUUUUUUUUUAAGAAUUUGCUUUAUUGUUUUUGCUGUUUGGGAAAAUGUGUGAGGUUGCUUUUCCAUUAAAUAUCCAACUUUUUCAAACUAUGCCUCUGUAAGUAGACAAAAACUCGGAGACUACGGAGUAAAAUGUGCACAAACUCAGAUUUGUGUUUUCUUCUUCAUGCAGACACCUGCAACCUCCGUUUAUGCUUCUUUAAAUACUUUUUUGUAACAAAUACCAUCCAUUUAGAUUUCCCAUGUUUAUGUUUGAACGGUAUAUGAUGCAACCAUUUAUGAUUGUACAAAACUGUACAUAUGAGUAGAUAGAUGUCACAAAUUGGUGUUAUGAUUUAUUUCAUAAUUUUGCAGUGGUCAGUAGUAUUAGAAUGGGAUACACCCAUAAAGAUCUCACUGUAAAGAAAAUGCAGCAUGAAGUUAAACCAACUUGGUUUUGCAAGUCAAUUCAACCUACUAUUUAAAGUUUUAGCUUAAAAAAUGUUUAAAAAUUAGAACAUUUUCAACUUGAAUUUAUAAGUUAAAGUAACAUAAAAAUAUGUGUUGAUCCGACAAAAAUGCUGCAUAUUUUUACAGUGAUAGUUUAAAAGUGUAUACUGUAUUUAAUAAUACAGUAAAUAAACGUAAUUACUGUAUUAUCUUUUUUUAAUUUUAUACAAACAUUGUAAAGACAGUUUAUAUUAUACUGCAUAAAAAUUGUGAAGUGUAACAGGAAAUUUUAUGGAUAUUCAUUUGAAUUUUAAGUUACCGGAGCCGAAAAGCAGCAGGUGCUUCACUGAAUACGUCGACUUGAUAGUGUUUUUUCAAUUAUCGGCGACCGGUUAAAAUGGAGAAACACGUCCUAGGGGUGACUCAUUCAAAGCGUUUUUCAGUUUGGUUCGUUUAGGCAUAUAUGAACAUGGCAAUCGUGCCAAAAAAACUGGUCAGAGAAGCCUGAACAAGGUGGUUUCUUGCCACUUGAAAACCGGAUGUAAAUGAAGGUUUUUAUGUUGUUGUAGAUGUACCAGCACAGAAUAAAACUGGCAUAUGCAAGCUUUUUAUGUUUCUCGACUUCAUGCCGGUUGCUCGACUUUAUGCGGCGCAUCACAGACCGUUUGGCACAUGACAUCAAAGUACCACACUUUGAUGUCAUAUUCCGGUCUGUCUGCGCAGUGCUGCAUAAAGUCGAGCGACGCCCUUCAUAGAACCACAUUGCUAUGCAAAGUGCAGAUCAAAAUGAUAAAAUAAUUUAAGGACAGCUAUAAUCAAAGCCUUUACAUCCUGAAAGAUGACCGCUACGUGUAUAAGUGGGUAAACUCUGACCAAUGAGAGUACACUUUACUCUCAUGUGACAUAUAUUUUGCCAUGUGAAAGCCAAAUGAACAAUGUAACUGUUUCAAAAGAGUGAAAAAAAAGAGUAUAAAGCAAAUGGUUCACAGGUCUGUAAACACCCUAUAAUAAAAUAAAACCUGCAAUUUGAAACUUUGGUCUUUCUACUGCUAUUUCUGUUUAAAAAAAGCAUAAAAUAAGUAGUGAGAUUGAGCUGCAGUGAAUAGUAAUACUUGAUUUUGAUUGGUUAGUGGCAACAUUCCAAUCUAUGUUUUUUACCAGCUAACAAACAAUUAGUAAACCGAUAACACACCGCUCAUGUGGUGAGACCGGCACUUUAUUUUAAUGUAUCAUGCCAGGUUUGAAUUUGUUAUAAAUGAGCUAAUAAAAUAUUUCAAAGCAAAACAUUUUGUUCAUGUACAGUAUUUAUAGGCUUACUCGUCUACAUUAUAGGAUAUACAGUAUCACCUUCAGGUCUCCUAUACUGUAGCUCAAUGGUAAAGCAGCACAAAAGUUCAUGGGUUUGAACCCAGGGAACACAUGCACUGAUAAAAAUGUGUACCUUGUAAAUUCAAAAACGUAUUUGAAGUAAGAGAGCACAGAAUUUUUGGUGUAAUCCUGAUUUGUGACAAGAGUAGUACAAACAUAUGAGCAUUAUGUUUUUAUUUUAUUUUAUUUCAGGUUUAAUGAAAUCACAGGUUUGUCUCAUAAUAAAGCUCACUGUAUUCCAAACAGUGUUCAUGAAUGUAUUUGCCCAUUUCAUACCUGAAUAAAUUACAUACUGUCUCA